UACCAAAGCACAUGGUAACAGACCAUCAUACUGACUGGGAGAUGGUGGACAUGAUUUUUGGCAAAUACCUGUAAUCCUACCUAGGAAUAAUAAGGAUUUGGUAAAGGAUGGGGUGUGCAGAACAGAGAGUUAGACCAUUACCAUAAAAAUGUAUUAUGCUGUUUAGGCGUUCUGAUGUGCGUGUGUAAACUCGGCUGCAAUUAAGUUCACCCGCUUCAACUGCGUUCAAGAGCUGAAUAUGUUUAUUUUGCUAUGUAUACAGCUAACAAUAAUAAUCAUAUUAAAUAAACAUAGUGAUUAUUUUGUCAAUGAUUCCCUUAUUUUUAGUCUGUACAGUGUCAAAAAUAAUCACCAACAUUCACACAAGUUACCUAAGAAGUAGUGACUUAACAUUGCUUAUUUUACCUAAAUGUAUUCAGUUAACAGUAAUAAGAAAUUGAGAAAAGCAAGAAAAUCUUCACAUUCAAGAGGAAGCAGCCAGCAAAUGUUUGGUGUUUUUUCUUUUAUAAAUAAGUAAAAUGAUCGGUUACCAGAAUUGCACUGAUUUAAAUUUCUGUUACAUCUUUAGUCGAAUAAUAAUUUCACCAUUUUCAGUGGCCUGAACUAUAUUAGUCCCUAUACAUUUCCCCGUAGAACUGCUUUUUGGCUCUGAUAACAGCAGACAUAGGUCACAGCAGUGCCUCAAGAUAGAGCCUGUAGACUGAAAGCUGACUGCGUAGAUAUGGUAUCAGAGUUUCCUGCAGCUGCCCAGGGUUGAUGGGUGGAUGCUUCUUUUAGUUCCUUCCUUCCCAGUUCUUCCCCAAAAUGUUAAACCAAUUCAGUUCUACAAAUUUCCACCUUAACUGUACAUUCUUCAGCUGGCUAGAUUUGUACCGUAUGAUUUUAACUGUUGCACUGGGGAACGAUGUUUCCUUGUUGCGGCCCGAGCCACCUGACGUCUUUCAUGUUCAUCUCCCCAGGGCCGCCUUACAGGCAACAAAUGUUUUGAUGAGGUGUCUUAUGUUCUAGUUCACUGAUUACACACAUUUGAGAUUGGCACCAUUGAAAAUAUCAACAGCUUUAAAGUUUAAUGACACUCAGAUCUAUCCUCCUGAAAUGGAAAAUCACGCAUUGCACAGAGUGAUCACAGCCACAUGAAAUUUCAAUUUCCAAAGAGCUGUGAAACAUAAAAAGAUCAAAUAGAACACAAAAUAUAGAGGAUACUUGAAAUGGCUGGAAAAGGAUACAGCUAGUGAUCAAUCAAACCAAAAUGAUUGCACAGAAAUCUUGACACAACUGCAAAGUACACACUCAGAAUCCAAGCAUGUACUGUAAAUCACAUCUCUCAACCUGCAUUUUUUUUUAUUUCCACCCAGUCACACUCCCCCUGCUGGGGAGGAACUGUGCUGAUAACAAGAGUCAGCUGUCAAAUGAGGCUCUCUGCACUGUAUGUGUGUAAACUGGAGAGAUAAAUUACUGCUAAAUCAAAGAGAAAUAAGGAAAGUUUUGAUGACAGAUUUAGGAUGCCUGGAGUUUCUGUAUGUGAAGAUCAUCACUCACAGUGACAUCUCACAAUUCACCUUUGACCCCCGACCCCCUUCUCUCCCCACUGCUGUUACACAGGACAUGACUCAGUCCUGGCCGUCCCAGCAGGCCUUAGGGGGUGACCAGGCCCAACGAAUCCUCUACAGCCCCAAGGAUGCAAAACAACUAACUACACAACAGAGGCAAAGUCGGGGGGAUGUUCAGCUGCGAAUGACCCGUCACCCUCAUGUGGCACCUCACAAAUCCAUGCUUGCUGAUGACCUGAAGCUGAGCAGCGAUGAUGAUGAUGACGACACUCAAAGGGGCAUUCAUGAGUCAGCUUCCUGGGACAGACACAGGCUGUCAGCACAGCGAGCGCACACACAUGGCAGACGGGUGAGACAUUCCAGCUCAGACUCUUCAGGCUCAGACUCCAGCGCUGAGUCGGGCAGCAGUAGCCUUCAUUCCCGGAGCUCGAGCCCAGGAGUUCACCCGGAUCCACCUUCGCCCGCCAACACGCAGCCACCGUGCAACAACAAGGAGGCUGAUCCCCCCUAUGCUGCCCAGUGGCAGUUGGAUAAAUGGCUGAAGAAGUCCAGGAAAAAAUCUGCCAGCAGUGAACAGGAUCCUUCUCAGAGCACUACAGGACGCCUGCCCUCUCCCCCCAUCCAGCGAACCCCAUCUCCAGCCAGGUCUUGGGACAGCAACCAGGAAUACAGCCCUAGUCAAAGCCCAAUUCCCAGCCCACAGUUCAAUUACAGCCCUAACAAUAGCCCCCUACCUAGCCCUGGUUACAGCUACUGCCCUAGCCCCAGCCCAUUCCCCAGCACCUGCCCAAGUCCCAGCCCUAGCCCGAAGCAUAGCCUGAUCCUCAGUCCAGUUCCAAGUGUUUGUCUCAGUCCAUCUGGGAGCCCAAGAGGCAGCCGAAGCCCUAGCCCUAUACCUAGAGACCCUCCAAGAAGCCCAAGCCCCAGCUUACCUCCUCCUUCAAGGGUUCAUCACUACCCUGAGGUUCAGAGUCAGAACCAAACACAACCUAGCCUAACAACCAAUCCCCACAAGACUAAAAUUAGGUCAUGGAUUGCCCCCGACACCAAAAACAAGCCCACAAAUAGUAGUCAUCCUCAGCCAACGCAUCAGCACAGGCCCAAGACUCGACUCACACAGGACCAAGACCAAAGCCAAAGCAAGCCCAAGGCCUCUGCUGUUUUAAAUUCUAAUGAAAGUCUCAGCCACAAAUCUAAACUCAAGUCUAACUUUCAGCAAAAUUCUAAACAGCUCUCUGAGGCUCCCAAAGCCAAACAUACCUUACAUUUUGAGCAAAUCCAGGGUAGCAAAUCCAACCACAGCUCCAGCCACAAGCAAAGGCCUCCGGUUCAACCCAGCUCACAACAUAGCCCCACAAGAGCAAAGCACCUAGUUCCUGCUAGUCGUGAAACCAACACUGGUCAGAGUACUCAUUCCCAAUCUACCUCUAAAGCUGCUAGUAGUUCUGGUAGUAGGUCAAACUCCAGGGCUAGUCCUAGCCUAAAACCUAAGGCCAAGUCGUGGGAGGCUGCAGUGUCAACUCCUGUGCAUGUUCAUAACACAAAAGUAUCCCAGAAAAAAACCCAAUCUAAAGAACAGGAGGUACACCACAGAGGAGAUCGUCUGACCCCAGGAGAGGGGAGAAAACACGAGAGAAAAGAGGACAGACAUAAGGAAAAACAGCAGGGAAAACAGGAGAGAAAGGAAGACAGGAGGCUGGCGGAGGAGCAGCUACUGAGACGUCCCUGGAUCCAGAGUUCAGCGGAAGAAGAGGAGGACGACGAGGAAGAGGAGGAGGAGGGAGCGAUAGAAAGGCAGAGGAGGAGAGAGGAGACAGCAAGAGGGGAAAACAGGAGGAGGAGGGAGCAGCAACGUAGACACGAAUGGCAAACAGUCCAGGCCAAACAGAGACCGCCUACCAACGCCAAGCGACACCGCCUUCAAGACGACUCACACCACCAGGGGAGGACAAAAAAGGAAGGGAGAGGUGUGGAGAGAGAGAUACAGCCAGACCCUUCACCUCCUACGUCACGUUCCCCAACUCCUCAUAGAUCAUCCUCCUCAUCGUCUUCUUCCUCCUCAAAUUCAGAUUCAGAAUCUGAACAUCAGGCUCCGAUCACCAAAGUUCCAGCAGAUUCUACCUCCCACAAGAGACUCACCAGGAGGGGGCAGCAAGGCCCAGACAGACCUGACACCAGCAGGCCGAAGGUGGUGCACUCCAGAGGUCCACCCACCUCAGCUAAUCCAAGUGAGGGGCAGCAGAGUGAGGCGAAGCAAAAACUCUACACCUUAGUACCUUUUGGGCGAAGUGAUAAGACUACAGUGCAUUCCCAUCGAGGGCUUAGAAAUCUGGUUGUGCACAUAGAUCUCUGUCUUCUCAAAAGGGUCCCGGACAGCACUACUAAUCCUACUGUUAAAAAACUUUCCUCCUCUCCCCCCUCCUCUUCAUCAGCCAAGGACAAACAAAGAGAGGCUAUGAAACACCUAUAUACACCUGAGACCACAACAAAAGACAUCAAAAGGAAACGCAAGUUGGAGAAUGGUGUGUCACACAGAGAAAGCAAGAGGAGUCUUCCUCAUGCAAGUGAACUCUCAGGUUGCACAGAGUCGUCAGCUCACACAGCAGAGCUCAACUUUGUGACUGAGACCACACACAAUGGGUACUUGGAGGAGUACUUAGACAGCAAAAGGCCCCUGUCUCCCCUGUCUCCACUGGCCAUCAGCCCAGAGUCCACUAAGCCUCCCUCCAAAACCAAAUCUUCAGAGCAGCAUCAUGUCCACUCCCAGAAGAAAGACAAGAAUAGAGAUUCUGCUGUAAAGCCCAAGUUGGAGGUGGAAUGUGUAAAAGUGUCAAGACAAAUCCAGCCCCCGUCCGAGUCCUGGGGCACUACAGGACACAGGGGGACCUUGCCAAACCAUGAAACUCCACACCAUGCUGAGUACUACUUACAUGAAGCUAAAAGGAUGAAGCACCGUGCCGACGCAAUGGUGGACAAGCUGGGGAAAGCUGUGAACUACGUUGACGCUGCUCUCUCCUUCAUGGAAUGUGGGAAAGCGAUGGAGGAAGGGCCACUUGAGGCAAAAUCUCCAUAUACCAUGUACUCGGAGACAGUGGAGCUAAUUAGGUACGCAAUGAGGCUGAAGAGCCACUCUGGCCCUGGGGCAAGACAGGAAGACAAACAGCUGGCGGUUCUGUGUUUCCGAUGCCUUGCCCUACUUUACUGGCAGAUGUUUCGUUUAAAGAAGGACCAUGCACUGAAAUACUCCAAAGUGCUGCUGGACUAUUUUAAGAGUUCUUCCAAAGUGCCUACUACACCACCCGGUUGGAAUGACUCUGGGAAGGGCGCAGGAGGACCCCCUUCUUCACUCUCACCCAAUGCCAAACACCAUGGACGGGGUUCACAUGGGGGCAACGCCUCCCCCUCUGUCAUAAGCAUUCCCCAGCGCAUCCACCAGAUGGCAGCAAAUCACCUGAACAUUACUAACAGUGUCCUGUACAGCUAUGAGUACUGGGAGGUGGCUGACAACCUUGCAAAGGAGAACAAAGAGUUCUUCAAUUACUUGAACACUUUGUCUGGACCAUUGACUCUUCACAGUAGUGUUGCUCACACAGUCCAAUACACCAGACAAGCUCUUCAGUGGAUACGCAUUAGUGCCAAACUUAACUAAGAAGGAGGGAUUUACCGUAACCUGCUCACUGAAUCUCCAGGUCUUAUUUACUGUAGAAGAGACAAAUCUCUGGAUCUCUAUGCAGCAAACAGGACAACACUGAUGCCUACUGUGCCGAGUGGAAUGGAGUUGGAUAAAAUCCUAUGGAGCAUGACAUUUGUCCUCCUCAUAGGACGUUGAAGUGCUCACCCUCUGGGCCUUACUGUGUGCAAAGCCUUCUGAAGGUGCAAACCUUGAACAUCUCACAGGUUUACUACAUGCUCCUUCUUCCUCAUCAUUGGAUUAAUCUGAAGAGUUUUUUGCACUGUGGAUUUGAGGUCUCUACUCAUUUGCCAAAUGUCCCUUGGAUCUCAAAGAACUCGUAUACAAAGCCUUUUUCAUACUUUGGAAUUAAUCGAUAUCCAGCGGACUGUUUCUCGGGGGCCAAAAAAGGAGAAGAUGCUUUAAAAAAAAAGACAAUUCAGUCAUAUACCACUUUCUCCAAAGUAGAACACUUGUCAGCAUCUUUUGCUAAUGAAGGUUUAAAUGACUCUUACUUUUAAAAUCUCUAAUAUUUUAACUUGUAUGUGUUUUUACUGUGCAAUAUUUGAUGGAUUAUUGAUUUUUAGAAAAAAAAAGAAAAAAAUCCAAGGGAAUAAAAUGUUGGUGAGUCUAGUUACCAACAUUAAAGGUUGCAAAAUGUCUGUUUGUCCCUUUUU